AUGCAUUCUUUUCUUCAUUCAGGUGAAUAUCAACGUCAAAAUUAUAUUGAACAUCAAAUUGAAAAAACACAUGUAAAUAUUAUUUUUAUAUUAAUAUUUCUCUUUUUACAUUAUUUAGUUCAAUAUCAAAUUCAAUAUCAUAUCUUAGUCGCAAUAACAAAAUCACAAGUAAGUUUUAGUUAAAUUAAAUAGAUUUAUUUACUUUUCAUUUAGAUUUGCUUCCAGGACUCAUGAAACUGAGCAUAUGAAUUUUGUGAAAGAAUAAGUUUUCCGAAACCCUGUGGUAAUGUAUAUGAAAGGGUUUAUUGGUUUCCUAAACCCUUUUAAAGGGUUUAUCAAAGGGUUUAGGAAAAUUUCAUAUACGGUAAAAAGGGUUUAUUAUACGUUGCACUUUAAUAAACCCUUUAAGGGUUUAUUAUUCUACGCUUUUUUUUACAGUAUUGUUUUCUUUUCUAAUCAUUAGUCUUGUGUUAAUGAAUGAUAUCCUUACUAGAAAUCGUGAAUAUGUUUAAAAGGAAAACAAUGCAGCUAUGGAUUCACCUAUCUCACAGCAAAAACACUGUUACAAGUAUCAUUUCUCAUCUUUCUGUAACUGCCGUUUGUUGUCUUUUAAUUGUUUUUCCAAAUUAGUUCAUUUUGAUUUGUUUGUUUAUACGUUUAUUAUUUAUGAUAACGAUUCACAUCCUCUUUAAAUAUAUUGUGAAAUUUGUUAUUCUCAUUGAUAGAAACAACGUUUACU